GCCAAGCUGUUGUUGUGUUUUCAUCUUUCAUUUUUCACAUCUCUGGGCGAGUUAGCAAGUGGAAUGUGGCCUCUAAGUACCGAGUCUGCUUGCUGCAGACUUGACAACCAGAUUAAGAACCAAGCUGGUCACUAAAUUAGAUAACAACGCCUAACGAUAUAAAGGUUGUUGUGCAACUAGAAGUGGGUGGCACUUCAGCAAGCUCUUUUCUUCCUAUUUUCUUCCAUCACUACUUGCUAUUUGUUAUUGCAACUGUUAUCAACAGAAAAGUGCAAAAAGAUACAUCCUGGAAUGAAAAAACGCCACGCAGUCCGUCGUCGUCAGCAGCAGCGCAGAAAACAGCAACAACAACAGCAGCAGCUUUGCCAUGGGCUGUAUAAGCAGCAGCAACAAAUUGCAUGAGUUGCGCCAGGAUAAUGUAUUUCGGGUGCGCGUUGCACACCUGCCUGGGACGCCCAUUAUACGCAGCGGCUACUUGGAAUUGAAUCCUCGCGAACUAAUUUUUCUAACGCCCGGUUGUGAGCCCAUUGUAUGGGCACUGCAGCAUUUGCGUCGCUACGGACUUAAUGCGGACUUGUUCUCCUUUGAGGCGGGUCGUCGCUGUAUGUCCGGCCCAGGCAUUUAUACAUUUCGCGUUCACAAUGCUGAUCUUCUGUAUCCCAUGUUCCAGCGCUACAUCAAUGCCAUCAAUACCGACGCCUUUGCACAGGUGGAGCGUGAGCGCGUGAAUUCCACACAUUCCGUGCUGCUCGGCCGCACCGAUGCUAAUCCGCACAGCAACAACUACUUGGAGCCGGCACCGCUGCUGGGACGUGCGGGAAAUGCGAACAUGCCGACGGAUGCAUUGCAGGCGGCAGAAUUUAAUGCUGUGCCGCAGGACGCGCCGGAUCCCUUGCCCAUCACACAAAUGAUGAAUGGAGGCGAAAUGACGCCGGGUGCUUACAUAAACACCAAUGUCUAUUUCGAUCAGCCGCUGCGUGCCCUCCAAGAGCACAACAACAACAGCAGCAGCAAUGCAUUGGAUGGAGCAACAGCACAAAGCAACACACCGCCCUUAACGGCAACAACAACGACAACCAUGUUUUCCAGCAAUGGCAGCUAUAGCGCCUUCAGCACCAUGCGUCGCCGUACGUUGCUGAAAGGUUGCUCUCUGGACAUGCCGCCCCAGGAGUCGGCGCCAGCGCUAAUGGAUUCCCUGCAUAUGUACGCGAAUGUUGAUACUCCGAGCUCUUGCAGCCUGCGUGAGCGUCUGCUCUUCGAUUUGUCCAGCGGGGGCGGCAGUGAGCGUUGUUAUGAGAAUGUGAAUCGCUUGGAUCUGCCGUUGCUGCUGCAGCCAACGCCGAAACGUGAAUCCUCCCAGCAAUCGGUGGCCUCGACGAGCACCACACAACAGCAGCCGACCACGCCCACCAGCAGUGUUGGUGAUGGCGGCGCCAGCAUCAGCGGUGUAAACUAUAUAGUCUUGGAUUUGGAUCAGCCGCGCAGCCCGGUCCAAAGUUCCCCUAAGACGCUGAACAAUGACUUCGGCAGCGGCCUAUCUUUAAUGGCUUCAGCCGCUGCACUCACUGCCAGCGCACAAACGGCUCCUGUUACGCCCGAGGCGGGCACAGCGCUAGAUGCCGCACUGAACGCCCAGGCCCAGACCAUGGGCAGUGUUUCCACAGGCGCCAUUGCAACGAGCGGCAGCAACAAUCCCACCAACACCGAUGGAGCAGCAGCAAUCAAUAAAGUGUCAACGGAUACACCACCAGGCUAUUCGACCAUCGAUUUUAUACGCACCUACGCGUUAAAUAAGUCCACACCCCAGCAUAACAGCGAGCUGCCCUCACUGAGCCACCUCCAUCACCACCACCAUCCUCACGAGGCCGAGGAGCUGCGCAUCACAAGGCACAGCAAAUGCGUGCGAAAGGCGUAUUCGAUUAGCGAGUAAUAAUUAUUGGGAAGCACAACGAAUUUAUCAUUAAAACACGUUUUAAAGGUUGCUCAACGUAAAGCGGACUCUACGGCCCGUUCUACUUUAAACGCAAAACAGGAAUCGAAGCAUACAUAAAUAGGGAGGAAAGACAAGUAAAAUCUGUAAUAGGUUUAAAAUGCUUACAGUGAUCAUGGCUAGGAUUUUAUAACUAAUGUGUAAUUUAAACACCUGAUAGAUAUAGACCGACCAUCCAUGUAGCACUUCGUAAACCAAACAAAAAUCAGGUUUUAUUGUUGUGAUUCGAUUCCCUGUAUUUAAAUCAAAUCACACAAAUUUGUGUAACCACGGUUGUUUCAAAUGAUACUUAUUUAUACACAAUUUUAUGUAUUGUAUUGUAGCGUAAGCGGACGAUUCGGUUCGUUCAUUUAAAGGUACUUAAGAGCUCUGCGAGCCUUUCGUCCAAAACAACGUCUGUUGAAAUCACUAGUCAUUAUAUUAUAAAUCGUUUAAUUGUAAGUGUAAACGAGCAACGCAAAAGGCUUUUUAAAAGUUGUACGUAGUAGUUUUUGUUGUUGUUGGCAGCACCAGUACGUAAGGCUUCAAUUUUGUGCCAAGCUUUGUAUUUGUAAAUUGUGGUUUUGUUUUUAUGUGUUUCGAAGAAAAAAAACGCCGUCAACGGCUAGGCCAAAGGAAAACCGCUGUGUGUUUGAUUUUUGUAUUGCUUUUAUUGUUAUCCA